AUGAGAUCUACUCGCGCUAUCAAGUCCAAUACCAUUGGUAAUAAUGCCCGCAUUUAUCAAGCAGAUGUGAUACAAAAUUACGCCAGCAAACCCAGCGAACCCUGCGUCCUGAUUCCUUUCCCCCGUAAUGAAGAGCUCAUCUCUCGUCAAGACCUUAUUAGCGAGCUAGAUAGAAUCUUGCCGCUAUCCGAAGAUUACUCCACCGCCGCCCUCUACGGUCUUGGUGGCUCAGGCAAAACUCAGAUUGCCCUCGACUAUGCCUAUCGGCGGUGUCAUGACCCCACUUGCUCCGUGUUCUGGGUCCAUGCCGACAACGAGACCACAUUUACCCAAGACUACAAGUCGAUCGCGAGGAAGCUAGGUCUCUCAAGCAAUCUCGAUGGCGAGGAUCUCUUAAUGGCUGUACGCUACAGCAUUGAGGCGAGCCCUCCCUGGGUACUUAUUCUGGAUAACGCGGAUAACUUGAGGCUCUUUGGCGUUGGUAAUACCGCACAAGAUGCUUUAAAUACAGGAGACCAUGCAUCAAGCCUGGAUAGUUUCAUCCCACGAGGUCCAAGGGGCCAAAUUCUGUGGACGAGCCGCGACGAGCGCAUCUCUGGAGGUCUUGUUGCUGCUCGACGCGCCAUCAAAGUCUCUCAUAUGACUCCAGAUGAAGCGAAAGAGCUGUUUGAUAGUGUCAGAAAUAAACAAGCGAGCAGCAACGAGGCAAAGGAUAUCGCAGCACUUCUUGCCGAACUUGACUGGCUACCGCUCGCUAUAUCGCAAGCUGCAGCAUAUCUAAGAAGACCUUUAACAACUGUUGAGGAAUAUAUGCUGAGAUUAAAAGAGGGCAAGAAAAGAUGGAGGAUUCUGAAGCAAUCACAGACUGACCGUUUUCGGCGACGAGAGGUAUCAAACAGUAUUUUGGAGACCUGGAACAUUUCAAUGAAGCAACUUCAGAUUGAGAACAAGACAUCAUAUCAGAUUCUGCACAUACACGCCUUUAUGGAUAACCAGAAUAUCCCUUUCGAGUUGAUUAAGCAGGCGGCUCUAUACAGCGACGAGAGUAAUGUGCUGGACCAUGUUCACGAAGAAUAUGAUUCAUCAUCAUCAUCAGACUCUGAUAGUGAUGGUGAUAAAAUUACAGAAGCUAUCGCCCGUCUCUGUGAGUUUUCGUUCUUGAGUAUACAAGACACUGAAAAUGGAAAGCGCGCAUACAAGGUGCACAAGCUAGUGCAAGAAGCGAUGCGGUAUGAACUCGGUAGAAAGGAACGAAAGAAAGAAGAAAAGUAUUUCUCGGCUGCAGCACUUGGGAUUAUUUCAAAUCUGCUCCCGGUCAGUGGACCAGAAGUAUGGAACGAAUGCGAGAAGUACACCGCACACGCACAGCGGGCGUGUGAGUGGGCUACACUUUGUGGAGGAGAAUUAACGGCCGCGAAUAUAUUAACGAGGCUAUCGGAUUAUCUAUACGAAUGUGGAAGAUGGAGAGAGGGGGAGAUUAUAGACCAAAGAGCAUAUGGACUACGAAAGACGGCGUUAGGAGACAAGCAUCUUGAUACGAUCGCGAGCAUGUCAAAUCUUGGAGCCACAUAUCAUGAACUUGGCAAGUAUGAAGAAACUAAGAAAAUAACAAUGGAAGUACUAGCACUACGGCGGGACAUUCUUGGCGAUAAGCAUCCUAAUACUAUUGAGAGUAUAGCAGAUCUUGCAACAGCAUAUUAUACACUUGAUAACUAUGAAGAAGCAGAGGGACUAUACAUGGAAGUAAUAGCACUACAGCGAGAGAUUCUUGGCGAGAAGCAUCCUAAUACAAUUACGAAUAUGGCAUGUCUUGCAAUAACAUAUAAUGCACUUGGCAGGUAUAAGGAGGCAGAGGGAAUACAUGUGGAAGUACUGGCACUACAGCGGGAGAUUCUUGGCGAUGAGCAUCCUCAUACACUCUGGAAUAUGGCAUCUCUUGCAGCAGCAUAUUAUGCACUUAAUAAUCAUGAAAAAGCAGAGGGACUAUACAUGGAAGUAUUAGCACUACGGCGGAAGAUUCUUGGCGAUAACCAUCCUAAUACAAUUAAGAGUAUGGCAUACCUUGCAAGAACAUAUCAUGCGCUUGGCAGGUAUAAGGAGGCAGAGGGAAUGCAAGUAAAGGUACUGGCACUACAGCAGGAGAUUCUUGGCGAUAAGCAUCCUGAUACAGUUUGGAGUAGGGAAGGACUUGCAGCAACAUAUCGCGCGCUAGGGAGGAAUGAAGAUGCUGAUAAGUUAGUUUAA